CUGCUGAGCGCGCCGCUGCACCGGCCCGGCGCCGCGCGCUGCUGGCUCGCAGGGGACAGGCAGGAAUCGGAGCAGCACUGCCGCCUCUGGCGCGAAGGCUCAGGCGCCUCCUCCUCCCCAGUCACUGUGGCUCGGCGCACGCUGCCGGCGGCUGCCCUUUCUGCCUCGGGGGAAGAAAACCUUUGGGUCCCGGUCGCGCUUGAACCAUGGCCUCGGGCCGAAGGGGCUGGGACAGCUCGCAUGAAGACGAUCUGCCGGUAUACCUGGCCAGGCCGGGCACCACCGACCAGGUCCCGCGGCAAAAGUACGGCGGCAUGUUCUGCAACGUGGAGGGCGCCUUCGAGAGCAAGACGCUGGAUUUCGAUGCCCUGAGCGUGGGGCAGCGCGGCGCGAAGACUCCUCGGAGCAGCCAGGGCGGCAGCCGCGGCUCGGGGAGCCGGCCCGGGAUCGAGGGGGACACCCCGCGCCGGGGCCAAGGCCGGGAGGAGAGCAGGGAGCCCGCGCCCGCGUCGCCCGUGCCCUCCGGGGUGGAGAUUCGGAGCGCUACCGGCAAGGAGGUGUUGCAGAACCUCGGCCCCAAGGACAAGAGUGACCGUCUCCUUAUCAAGGGAGGCAGAAUCGUCAACGAUGAUCAGUCUUUUUAUGCCGAUAUUUACAUGGAAGAUGGCUUGAUAAAGCAAAUUGGAGACAAUCUGAUUGUCCCUGGAGGGGUGAAGACCAUUGAAGCCAAUGGGAAGAUGGUGAUCCCUGGAGGCAUCGAUGUCCACACUCACUUCCAGAUGCCGUACAAGGGAAUGACCACAGUGGAUGACUUCUUCCAAGGGACAAAGGCGGCCUUAGCAGGUGGCACCACCAUGAUCAUCGACCACGUGGUGCCUGAGCCCGAGUCCAGCCUGACCGAGGCCUAUGAGAAGUGGCGAGAGUGGGCCGACGGGAAGAGCUGCUGUGACUAUGCCUUGCACGUGGACAUCACCCACUGGAACGACAGUGUGAGGCAGGAAGUGCAGAACCUCAUCAAGGACAAAGGGGUUAACUCCUUCAUGGUUUACAUGGCCUACAAGGAUUUGUAUCAGGUGUCCAACACAGAGCUGUACGAGAUCUUCACCUGCUUAGGAGAGCUGGGGGCCAUUGCUCAAGUUCAUGCCGAGAAUGGGGAUAUCAUUGCCCAGGAGCAAACCCGGAUGUUGGAAAUGGGGAUAACUGGCCCAGAAGGCCAUGUACUGAGCAGACCAGAGGAGCUGGAAGCUGAGGCUGUGUUCCGUGCCAUCACCAUUGCCAGCCAAACCAAUUGUCCUCUCUACAUCACGAAGGUCAUGAGUAAGAGUGCGGCCGACCUCAUCUCACAAGCCAGGAAAAAAGGAAACGUGGUCUUUGGCGAGCCCAUAACUGCCAGCCUUGGCAUAGAUGGAACCCAUUACUGGAGCAAGAACUGGGCCAAGGCGGCUGCAUUUGUGACAUCCCCACCUCUGAGUCCUGACCCGACCACUCCAGACUACAUCAACUCCCUGCUGGCCAGUGGGGAUCUGCAGCUGUCUGGAAGUGCUCACUGCACCUUCAGCACCGCCCAGAAAGCAAUUGGGAAGGACAACUUCACAGCCAUUCCCGAGGGCACCAAUGGUGUGGAAGAGAGGAUGUCUGUCAUCUGGGACAAGGCUGUGGCCACAGGGAAAAUGGAUGAAAACCAGUUCGUGGCUGUGACAAGCACGAACGCUGCUAAGAUCUUCAACCUGUAUCCCCGCAAGGGAAGAAUAUCUGUGGGUUCUGACAGCGACCUGGUCAUCUGGGAUCCAGAUGCUGUGAAGAUCAUCUCUGCCAAGAACCACCAGUCUGCUGCUGAGUAUAACAUCUUUGAAGGGAUGGAGCUGCGUGGGGCUCCUCUGGUUGUCAUCUGCCAGGGCAAGAUCAUGCUGGAAGACGGCAACCUGCACGUGACCCAGGGGGCCGGCCGCUUCAUCCCCUGCAGCCCAUUCUCCGACUACGUCUACAAGCGUAUUAAAGCCCGGAGGAAGAUGGCAGACCUGCAUGCCGUCCCGAGGGGCAUGUAUGAUGGACCUGUGUUUGACCUGACCACCACCCCCAAAGGGGGAACCCCCGCAGGCUCAGCCCGGGGUUCUCCUACUCGGCCGAACCCACCUGUGAGGAAUCUCCAUCAGUCCGGAUUUAGCCUGUCGGGCACCCAAGUGGAUGAAGGGGUCCGCUCAGCCAGCAAGCGCAUCGUGGCGCCCCCUGGAGGCCGUUCUAAUAUCACAUCCCUGAGUUAAGCAACCCCUCCCCAAAGAGAGGGGCAGAAGCAAGAAGAGAUUUUUUUGAAGCCAAAAUGGUACACCGAUAUUUAAGAAGGAAAGUGAAUCCAAACAGUUGCGAUCUAAAGAAUCAACAAGCCUCAAGCCUUAUGUUUCUCCAAUGUUAUGCUCGCUUGCCUAGCUUUAUGAAUAUUGCUUUGUUUUCUGUUUAUGCAUAGCCUUGAUUUUUUUGGCCCCUCCCCCAUUUACAUGCAUGCAAUCGGACAGGCCACUACGGUAAAAGAGUCUGCUAUAUUAUUAUAGUGUUGAGAGCGUGUGUAGUGCUGCAUCUUACGACAUGGGGACAGGCAAAGCUGGAUGUCAGGGAAAUGGACAAAAGGGACACAGGUUAUUUGGGGAGAGUGGGUGGUGGGAACCCGGAGCAAGGUGGAGGGUGUAGAGGGGCUGGGGUUGGACGUGGAGGGGGUAGGGGGGUGGGUUGGGUGAGAGCAAAGGGUGUUGUGUAUUGUGUUGAUGACAUACGUUAAUUUCCAUGGGAGAUGGCCGCUUGUGACAGCUGUCCCUUUGUUACGGGUCCCCUGGGGUAGAGAAGACAGGAGGUCUUUGGUUUCUGGACUUUGUCACGUCCCCUCCUAGUAGAUUUUGUUUCUUUGAACGUUUAUUAAAACGCCAAAACCCAACUCCUUUCUUCCACCUGCUUUGAUUGUGCCAGUAUUUGCUCGGGCCUCUUUCUCAGUGUUGCUCCCAAAUCCUCCUCUUUCCUGGGCUGGAAAGGCCAGGCAGGGGAGGAGCAGGUGAUACCUCUCCUCCUCUCUUCUCGCCCUCCCUGCCCCUCUGGUGCUCUUAAAAGCCAACAGCUGAGAACACAGCACAGGCCCAGGGAUGGUGGUGGUGGUGAGGAUAGCGGCAGUUUAAAGAUACCCCUCUCUAAACAUGGCAAGAGCUCCUCUCUGCUGUCUUUGCAAACGGAGAAGAGUAGCAUGUUUCCGCAUCCCAAGUUAGGAUUUUAGCUUAGAUGGGCCAGAAAGAAGGGCUUCUCUUGACAGUGGUGAGUGUUUGAUUCUCUUGCUCUCCUGAGGGCCAGACACAUCCUUAAUAAUAGGAUCUCUCUCUCUUAUUUUUUUUUUGAAAGUUGAUUUUAUUAAGCAUUCCCUAUCUUUUACUAUUAAUAUGCAAUCUCAUUUUAUUGGGAGUCAAGCAGGGCUUUGGGAAAGCCAGUCCUGAGGGAAGGAAGCACCUUUGUGGCCCUGGUUCCAUUUUCCCAUUCUAAACCGUGGGUUUCCCCUCCCAUGAGCAGAUCCUCUUGGGAAUCUUUUUGUCUCAGUGCCAGCAUUCUGCAGGUGAGUGGAAACUGCAUGAGGCAGACUUCCCAGUGGAUUGCUGGAGGGAAGUUAGCAUUGAGUGUUUGCAUCUGCCUUGCCUGUUACAACUGACUUCUGAAAAUUCAACUUUGGAACAAAUUCCGUGAGCAAUAUGAGGAUGUGUAGAACCAAGACACCCAUUUGCAGGAAAAAUAUAUUCAACCUGGGAAUCGUACCUCUGUGCCCUGGGGGAUCCAGCUAGCAGAACCUAUAGCCCUGUGUACUAAGUAUUUUAAAGAGAAGAGCAGGGCUCAUAUAACUUAGGAUUGCUUAGGGGAAACCAUUAUCUUUGCAGGUUUUAAAAAGUUGAAGACUAGAAAAAAGUCAACACCUUGCUACAAAGGAAUUUGGAAAUAGCCAAGGAAGAGGAUUUCCCCUAGCAAGCUACUAGCAAGCUUCUAAUCAUGAAAAAGACCUUUUCUCCAUUCAUAAUAGAGAAUGUUGCUAUUUUAAGGCUUACAUGGUGCUUUUCUUUUAAGGGAAACUUAGGUAAAAUGGAAAAUGUAGCUGUUAAUUUACAAUGCAGAGAUUUGGGGGACCGAUCUUAGAACUAGGAAUGACAGCUUUGUACACAGAGGGAGUUUGUCAGAUCGGAAGCGUAUACCUCAUUGGCAGGGCUGGGCUAUAGGAUAGGCUGCAGUUCCAGCCAUAACCACCAGAUGGAGGGAAAGACAUGUAAAUAAACUCAGCUCAGAGCAUCCACUGUGCACCAUCUGCUCCUCCGCGAUUUCUCUGUGCCGUGAAGAGAAAUCUUCCAUGGCCAAACAGGUUAUCUGCACUGCACUUGGGACUUCCAUAACAGAACUUUAUAUUACACACAAGUUUUCCAAGCUGUAGGAACAACUCCUUUAUGCCCUCAGGAUGGGCACCAUCUAAAGAAGCCUCUCUCCUUCACUUACUAUGCUGACUUUCCAAGCAUAGAAAUUCCUGAGAAUUCCUAGAAAAAAUUCCACCAUUUUCUUAGCAUGAAAACUGAGUGAUAUGUUGCUUCAGUUAAAACCUAUAUUCAGAUUUGUUCUGUUCCAUAAGUCGCAUCAAACAGCCCUGUACAAAGAGUUUAGGAAAAGAAAACGAUGAUGAUCCGUGGGCCUCGCCAAGUUCACUGCCACCUAAUCUGGAAGUGGGAAGGCACAUGGGCCUUUUGUCUCAUUCCUAAGCUGUCUUUUGCUGUUUCAUCCCUUGGCCUGCCCCUCUCUGAGUAUGCCCCUGCCACCCCCCAGGCCCUCCGGCCUCCUCACAUUAUCUCUAAACCUGGAUGGCAUCACUGUUCGCUCUGAGGGGGCCACCGGCUUGGGUAGUAGAAAAGGUGUUUGUGAAACUGUUCAAUCAGCCAUCAUGGUAGAGCUAUUUCUUUCACUUCUAGAUUUUCUAGAAAGAGCACGAUUAUGGUCAUCUCCAAAGUGGAUUUUCUUUAAAGUCCAGUCAUCCUGUGACCUUUUUCUUAAUAGCUAACACCCAGAGUGUCAUGUUCUUCCCCAAAGGCCUGAGUCCUAAGCCUGGGCUUUUGCUCACCUUGAGAAGUCCUUUCCAGCAGAGUGGAUGACUCCAGCUUUGGUUCUUGCCACAGCUUCCCAGGCCUUUUUCCCUGGAAGAACACCAGCUUGAGUCCCAGAUACCCUCCUGGGCUGUCCCAGGCAGCCAGCAUUCAUUGUCAGUCCUCUUUGAAACCUGGUGUGUGGGUGUUCAGUUCUGUGUCUGGUGGGUAUGGACAGACAGUAAACCUCCCGUGAUCUGUGCUAGCUGUGAGGCAGCUCCGGAACGUACAGAGCUGUUUGGCUUGAACCGUGAAGAAAACUGUGUUUUGAGUUUAGCUGAGAUUAAAGAAAACAAAAGUUCAUUAAGUGACUGUUAAUGUAAACCUGGUUAUUAAAAUAACUAUGAAAUUACC